UUCUUUUUCCAUAGAUUUAUAUUCUUUUUCAUUUUUCGUCAUUUCCUAUGUUUUGAUUUUUCCUUUUCCCAACUUGUCGCAUUUUCCUUCGGAAUUGCUUUUUCUUGCAAAUUCUCUUACUUGAUCGAAUUUCUACCAUAUAGUCAAAGAGAUAGGAUCUGAUACACUCAACUUCUGGUUAAUUGAUGAGUUAUAAAUGUUCAUGCUAUGGUGUUGAAGAAAAGGCAUGAGUAUGGAUUCAGCGGCUUUGAGGUCCCUAAGAUACCUAGGCGUCCACGAUCUGCAAGAAAGACGGUUCCAUUCAAGAAACUGGCUGACGACGGCCACACUUGUGCUUUUGAACUACUAGCAUCUAUAGCUGGCAAGUUGCUGCAGGAGAGUGAAAGUUCCGCUUCUAGCAAUGCAUCUUCAGUUAAACCGUUAACAGAAGAGCAGUUUCAUAAUGGAAGUUGUCAAGAGUGUGUUUUGACAACUGAGGUUGGCUUAGAAAAGAUCAGCGAGGAAUGUCUCAAGACUGCCGAGACUGAUUGUAUAUUAGAAUGCAUUUCAGCUGACAAUAAUUCGGAUUGUUGGGAGCAAGUUAAAGUUGAUGUGAAGUCCGAGAUUUUCAAAUUAGAGAAUAAGUUUGGAAAUCAUUCUAAUACUAAUAGGUUAGUAGAAGUACCGAAUGAUUGUGAGCCUGGCAGUUCCAGCUCUAAGGGAUUAUCUGUGGAUGAUACGUUUAGUUUGAAUGAUCCAUUGGAAUUAGUUGUUAACUCUCCUUCAUUAGUUGACCUGAACGGUGAUGUUAAAUCUCCGUUUUGUGGAGAAUUGUUUCCCAAUGCAUCCUUUUCCAAGCAUGGGAAUGAUAAUAAGUUAGGUUUUAUUGAUGAUGACGAAAACUUUAUUAGGGGCAACAAAGUUUGCACCAAAUCGAAGGCUUUUAGACCUUCACAAUGCAUUGCACGCCGAAUAAUCAGGAAGCGGUUGACUUCCAAACCCUGGAAGCUUGCUCCAAAGUUGAAGGAUUGCGAAUAUUCUAGAUAUGAUAGGGGAAUAAAACCCUCAAGUCGUAAGAGGAAGACUUAUUAUAAUUUUGAAAGAUCUCAGUGUUACACUCUUUUAAAGAGGAAGAAAUUAUUAGACAGGGUUUCAACAGUAACUCCUCGUGGAGGAUUCAGCAGUGAGAGUGUAUCUAAGUCACCUAAGAAACGAAUUCAUGGAAAUAACCGUACCACAUCUUCAAAAGUUCGUGUUUCAAAGGAUUCUCAUGUAAAGUUUAGCAUCAAGUCGUUCAGGAUUCCAGAACUUUAUGUCGAGGUUCCCAAAACUGCAACUGUUGGUUCAUUAAAGAGGACAGUCAUGGAGGCAGUGAUGACUAUAAUAGGAGGUGGAGUUCGUGUUGGCGUUGUUGUUAAGGGGAAAAAAGUUAGAGAUGACAACAGAACUCUUCGGCAGACUGGUAUAUCUUGUAAAGAAAAUCUCGGUAAACUUGGUUUCGUGUUAGAGCCUAACUCUUCUCAAGCUUCUCCAGUUGUUUGUGCCGAUGAUCCUUCUCACCGUGAAGCGUCCCAGCCUACCAGGUUUCCAGGAACUCCCUCCAUAGAUUCAGGGAUUUCUGUUGCCAAACAGGAUUUCCCCAUGCUUACAAAUACUUGCGACGAAGACCUUGUUGAAAUUAACCAUGAAUCAGCUUCUUCACUUGCUGACACUAUAUCUGAUAAACUAACACAAGAUUCCCCCCGAGUGCUAGUUUCUCUUCCGGCUAAUAGCGAAGAGGCAUUAGCUGUCGUUCCUGUGAAUCAGAACACCAGACACUCUGAGCUUGUACAGCGUCGAAUCAGGAGACCAUUUACUGUGUCUGAAGUAGAAGCACUUGUUCAUGCAGUUGAGGAAGUUGGAACUGGAAGGUGGCGUGAUGUUAAGUUGCGAUCUUUUGAGAAUGCAGAUCAUAGGACCUAUGUAGACUUGAAGGAUAAAUGGAAAACUUUAGUGCACACUGCAAAAAUCUCCCCUCAACAAAGGAGAGGACAACCAGUUCCUCAAGAGCUAUUGAACAGGGUUUUGGCUGCACAUGCUUUCUGGUCUCUCCACCAAGCCAAACAGCAUGUCAAAAGCAUCAAACCAAUGGUUCAUCAAGCUUCACCUGAAAGACACAGUCGAAUCUGUUGAUGGUUUCCAACCACUUGUGAUUAUGUAGAAAGAUGUUAACAUUAUUGACUUGCAACAAACAAACUUGUACAUUUGUUUCAAAUUCAUGUAAUAUCCUUACCAAAUUCAUUGCUUGCCUUAAAUUUAAGCAGGUUGGCAUUUGUAAAUUAAAUAAGGAAUAAAGUUGUACUGACAGGAACUUGUGUGUUUUUUUUUUUUUGUAAUUUUAAUUCCAUGUCAUGAAUGUAAAUAGAAUUGUCUAAGAUCAUGACAGCAUAACGAAGAAAAGGGAAAAUGUUCUCCUUGUUUUUAUCUCUCACAAUGUCAA